AUUGACAACAUCGAAUCUCAGUUCUUAUUCACAGGAGCAAAGGAUGAAUUUUGGUUUUGCUAUUGCUUGGCAGGUAGAAAUGCACGCUGUUCCUGGGAUUAAGAGCGUUGCUGUUGCUCAAAAGGCCGUUUUGGAUAAAGAUACGGACUUGUUGAUCACGUGUUUAUCUGUUUUAAAAGAAGCUAUUGGGCAGAUGAAAAAAACGUUGAAAAGAAUAUUUGAACAUUGCAGCCAGGAUUUUUUCCAUCCAAAAUUACGGGUGUUCUUAGCCGGGUGGAAAAAUAAUCGAAACCUCCCUGAAGGGAUUUUGUACGAAGGAGUCAGUGAAAAUCCAUUGCAGUUUUCAGGAGGGAGUGCAGCUCAAAGCACGACUUUUCAACUUUUUGACGCUGCUCUUGGUGUUAAUCAUCCAAAAAUUAAAGAUGGUGAACAAACCUUUCUAGAGUCUAUGCUAGAUCACAUGCCUCGUUGGCAUAGAGAAUUUCUUUUGUAUGUUCGAAGCGGACCAUCCAUUCGUGAAUAUGUGUUGCAAAGCAAUGACCUUAAACUUCAACAACUUUAUAACAAAUGUCUUGAACGUUUAACAGAAUACCGUACUGACCACAUAAUAAUUGCUGCAAGAUAUGUCACAAUCCAAGCCACAAAAAAGAAGAACGCUAAUUUAAAAAUGUUGGCAAAACAAGGGGCUGGUGGAACAGAUUUGAUGCCAUUUUUAAAAGGAGUGCGAAAUGAAACGUCAGAGAGCAAGAUUCCCAUUGCCAAUGGUUUUUGACAAAAAUGUGCCAUUAUUUUAUACGUAGUUUUAAUAGUUAAAGUUAAUCACUGGCGUAGCCAUCCUGUAUAUUUAUUCCUGAUUUGUUAAUUUUUCUUUGUUCACUUAUUACAAAAACAAUAGAUUUGAUGGACGAUUUUUCAGUUUCCCUAAAAAAAGAUUGGACAACAAGAUAUGUUCUUUCAAAGUUAAAAAAUAGAAUGAUUUUUUACAACCAUGGCC